AUGGACGGGAGUAAUGCUUCCGAUUGUCCUAUAUGUCUGCAGCCUUUACUUCAACCCGUUGAAAUAUCCUGUGGCCACAUAUUUUGCUACCUUUGCAUUAAGGGCUCGGCUUUUCAUAGGAGGCAAUGCCCUCUUUGUCGCGGAGCAAUUAGUAUGAACUUUUUUGAUAAUCCAAAUGUUAUUCGGCCCACAAAUACAUCCCGGGCCAACUUUUUUUCAUUGACACUAAAGUAUUACUCUAUAGAUCGUACGAAUCCCGAAUUCGCUUGGUAUUACGAAGGUCACAACGGCUGGUGGCAGUACGAUGAAAGAACUGCCGUUGAUAUCGAAACUGCUUUCUCCCAGUCUCUUGCUUUCUGUGAGGUCUUUGUUGCCGGCCACUUCUAUGUGAUCGACUUUACAAAUAUGUGUCAGUAUCGCAAAGACCGCUCAGGUCGAAGUCGCAGAAUUAAGCGUGAUUCUGUGGCUUUGACAAAAAAAGGUGUAGCUGGUAUUCGCCUUUCUAUUCUCGAGUCGAGAGAAGCAGGCGAUGAAGGCGAGUGUGACGCUGUCGAUACCCCUAGCUCUAUGCGGCGACCUAGCCGACCUUCAUCCCACGAAAGCUCUUCUUCAACCGAUCAGCGUUCAUCGCAUACAGGGCAUGAUCACAACUAUGCCCUUCGUCCACGUAGCAUUUCGACAACUUCAAAUUGCAGGGACUGA